UGUUUUUGUUUUGAAUCCGGUGUCAACAAGAUGACGACAACAAUUGCAGCAGAGCUUGGAUUGUCUUGGCAUAUACAUUAACGCUAUUUAUUGUUCAUUAACCCCCCACCUCCUUCAUUAAUUGUGAUCAUAUUUUUAUUGUUAAUUAUUUUCAUUGUAAACUUACUGCUUGAAACAAAAAAACUUCGUGUCUGAGUAAAGUGUUAUCUACCAUAAAAAUAGUAUCGAGCCAGAAAAGCAGUUUUUUUUUUCGCAUUCGCAGCACUGACGUGUUAUGGCCGUGUUCGAGACCAAUCACAGCAGUAAAGUUUUGGACGAUACAAUUCCUCUGACAUGUGUCAUUGAAAGUGCACAAAAUGUUGGAAGCCACAUUGAAUACAUUGUUCGAGUGCAAAGGGGUGCUGUCGUUGAAAACAACUGGACCAUUAAAAAACGGUACAGUGAUUUUGUGGCUUUGGAUGCAGAGUUACACAUGUCCAAUAUUGAACUAGCUAUACCACCUAAAAAGAUGUUUGGAAAUAUGGAACGAGAGUUUGUUGCUGAAAGGCAAUUAGGACUGCAACAAUAUUUGAAUUCAAUACUGGAAUAUCCUUUGCUGGCUUCCAGCUUGAUUGUCAAACGUUUCCUCAAUGCAAAAAGUUACUCUGAUAAUCUACGAGAGACUGCCUUACAACAUGUUUCUAUGAUUUUCCGAUCUGAACCAAAAUGGGAAGUAGUGGAACCUCUGCACAAUCUUGGUUGGCGAUUACGGAAACAUUAUAUUGUAGUGAAACCUUAUGAAAAUCCAAAAGAAAGACAGUUAUUGUCAUGGAAUGAUUAUGGACCUUUUAAGUUUUUACCCGCAAAAGAAUUAAUGGCUGUGAUAAAGCUGCUUCCAAAUCUGCAGCAUCCAUUUAUAGCUCCUAUGGAGUUUGCUGUUGCUAAUGAAAAUGGUGGAAUGGUGAUACGGAGCUUUUAUGAACAUGGUACUCUUCGUGACUACAUUUGCAAGUGUAAACCUAAGCAAGCACACUUUUUGAAGAAGUAUGCCCGACCGAAAACAUAUUGUGUUUUAGAAACAAGAGAAAUUCAAAGAUAUGGAAGACAAAUUCUUGAAGUUUUGAAAUUUCUCUAUGAUAAAGGAUUACCAUAUGGUCACUUACAUGCUGGUAAUAUUGUAGUUAACAGGAACACGUGUCAACUGUUAGACCUUGAAAAUUGGAUUCUUGGGUUGCCGUCUUAUUAUAAAAACUUCUUUGUACAGUUUAAGAAACUACAGAAAAUGGAAUCAAUUGAAGUUUAUUCAUUUGGUCGUUUAUUGUAUGAAAUGGCAUUUGGUGAGCAACUUUUGAAAGCAACCUGUGACACAUUCCCUCAACAUUGUCCACCUGACCUACGUUCUGUAUUGGAGCUCUUGUUGACCAGUGAAGCUUGCAAGAAUGAACUUCCAACAAUUAAUGAUUUAUUGAAUCAUCCAUUUUUCUCAAGUAUUGUAUUGCCACAGUCAGAUAAACCUAUUUUUAAAAUACCAAGCAAAUUGAAAGAGUCAAUCAAAUCUGCUAAAGAGUUACUGGAAAAACAUUUAAAAGAAGAACAGAAACUGAUAAAUCAGUUGAAGCGAUUAACAAAAGCCAAAGAAUUUCACAUGUCUGAAGGGGAGAAGCUAAGAAGACGAAAGACAAAGAAGAAAGAAAAAGCUUUAGAAAACUCCAAAGACGAUUCUUCAGUAUCAAAUUCAAGCACAUCAGCUUCCCAAAUUGUUGGCAAUGGAACGGCAUCUGCUGGUGUGCCUGGUACAAACUUUGCACCGGCAGCACCAUCAAUACAGUCGCCGCCGCCGCCACCUCCACCACCACCACCACUGAUGUCAUCAACUGUGCCAGUUGCUAAAAGCUCUAAUGCUCCUCCACCACCAGCUCCUCCUCCACCUCCACCUGCUGCUUCAAAUAAAUCUACUACUGCAACUGCAGCACCUUCUAACGACCGUACUGCUCUGUUGAAUUCCAUCUGCGGCUUCAGUAAGGGUGGUUUAAAGAGUGUCAAGGUAAAUGAUCGGAGCAAGCCAAAAGUUUGAGGGGAAAGCUCAGAGGAUCAGUGGGAAAUUGGGAGAGUAAAAAGAGAGGAAGAUUAUUGAAAUGUUUGCCUCAUUUUCCACAAUACUGUGACAUUCUCCUUGUAAAAUAUUUUGUCCAUUUUAAAUUGGAUUUGAUUUGGGCAGAAAUAUGUCUGAAGGGAUGGUCAAAGAUGGGACAACUAUGGCAGAUAAUUGGACAUAAUUUAUCUCUAAUUUUUUAUUUUUUUCUCAACCAGUGUUGUAUUUAUUUACAAAAUACUUCAGUAGAAAUCCUUCGUAUAUUAGUAGUUUUUUUUUUAAUUGUUCUUUCUGAUUGUGGCUGUAUGUAUGCGUAUAGAUGAUCAUAGACACUUUGCAAAUAUA